AUGAGUGUGAGAAAAGCUUUAAUUAAAGAAUGCCUAACCACAACCCUUGUGUUGACAUUGCCUGUAAGUAGAGAAGGAUAUACGGUGUACUGUGAUGCUUCUAGAGUUGAGUUAGGGUGUGUCUUAAUGCAGCACGAUAAAGUAGUGGCUUAUGCUUCAAGACAGUUAAAGAAGCAUGAGCAGAGCUAUCCCACUCAUGAUCUAGAGAUGGCAGCUAUAGUUUUUGCAUUAAAGAUUUGGAGGCAUUAUCUGUAUGGUAAAGCGAAUGUGGUCGCAGAUGCCUUGAGCAGGAAAUCUUCUAGCAGCCUGGCACAUAUAUCAGUAGAAAGGAGAUCAUUAAUUCGAGAGAUACAUGAGUUGAUGGAUCAGGGUCUGCUCUUGGAUAUGACAGAUGCAGGUGCACUUUUGGAUAUCCGAGUGCCAGAUGUGGACAACCUCAGAAAUGAGAUUAUGCAGGAGGUGAAGUUUGAACAUCAUAGGCCAUCAGGAAAGCUACAGGAGAUUCUCAUUCCAGAAUGGAAGUGGGAAAUGAUUAUUAUGGACUUCAUAAUUGAGUUGCCUCGUACCACACGGGGAUAUGAUUCUAUAUGGAUGAUUGUGGAUCAUUUGACUAAGUCCACUCACUUCUUGACUGUGCGGACCACUUAUUCUGUUGCCUAA